AUGUUCAGUGACUGCAAAGAAUAUGUAGAAACAUUGCCAAGAGCUAUCCAAACUGACAAUGGGUCCCCGUUCACUAGCCACCUCUUUAACGAGCUGUGUCGGAUGAUGCGGGUGUCCCAUCAUUAUACAAUCAGGUACCACCCCCAAGCUAAUGGGUUGGUGGAGCGAACUAACCGGGUCAUUAAGUCUGCUUUAACUAGCUUAGUUAGCCAGCGACCGCGUAUCUGGCAUCAGUUUGUCCCAGAAUUGAGACUACAAGUCAAUUCAGCCAUCCACCGAUCAACCCAAGAACAGCCACUGUAUCUGCUAACUGGUCGCCAUGCAAACUUCCCUGUUGGGCUUACCAAUCAGGUGGUAUUUGCAGAAAAUAUAAGCCUCAAGAACGUCUGCAGGAAGCCCGGAAAGCUGCAGUAA